GUGCUGCGCCUGUGCGGGAGUGUGACCGCCGGUGCUGGUCGCGGCUGGUGCCUGACCGGUACGCCCCACCCGCCCCCUCGCCAUGACCCCCUCGGAUGGCGUCCGGUGCCCCUUCCUGCCCACCCUUCAAAUAUAAAUGUCGGGGUUUAAUGUAAAAGCAGCGGUUUUAUUUUAAAAUACGCGUCAUUCCCGCCGCCGCCGGCGGCCACCGGGCAGGGGCGGAGCCUCAAGGCUGGGGCUCUGCCCAGCGGUGAGGGCCCGAAGCGCGGUGGUCGGGGUAGCUCCGGUCUGACGUCAAGAUGGCGGCUCCCUCACUGCUGGGCUGCGGCCGAGCGGCCACCCGCAAGGUGCUGCGGCUGGAGGCCCAGGGGCUGCGUGGGGCUGCACCCUCCGCGGCGCUCUGCACCAAGCCGGGGAGCUCCGGGACGCCGCCAAGGAAUGUAGUGGCACCACAGGGAAGCACCAAGCUUCUAGCCAUCAAAGCACCAGAUGAAUUCCCUAAAAUGUUAUCUUCUAGCUCUCUCCUAGUAUCUGCAAACAAAGGUGAGAGCAUAUCUAGCACUAACCUCAAGGAAGCUUCAAAACCUGCUGCUGAAGACAUGAGAAUGUUCAUGGCAAGAAAAACUGUAGUUGCAUUUCCUCAGCGAGCAGUUGUUUCCUCUCUUGAGAAGGAAAACCUCACUAUGCCUGCAAGAGAAGGAGGCUUGAGGAAGGAGUUAGUUGAGGAAGAAUCUUCGUCUUCAUCCAGUUCAGAUUCAGAUUCUAGCUCAGAUUCUGAAGAAGAGAAGCAUGGUUCAGGAGUUGCCAUUAAAACAAAAGUUGAAUUUCCUAGAAAAGACUCCAUCUUUUCUGAUAACAUAGCUGUCAAGGCAUCAAUGGUAGCAAAAAAGAAUGUGUCUCAAAAGUCCCACAAAGAAUAUGUAGCCAAGAAGAAACUAUACAAAACAGAAACUGAUACGUCUCCUGUCAAGCAGGUUGCAUUUUCUAAAACAUCAGUCAGCCGUGAUAAACCAAAAUCCAAAGCAAAAGACCCCAAAAUAAAAUCAGCUCCAAAAGAAGCAGAUCGACAGAAGCUAAUCUUGGAACCACACAUGGUUGAAAGCCAAACCUUGACUGACGUCUCUCAUAAAUCUGAUUAUUUGGAUGAAAAGUCCAUUAAAACCCAAGUAGCAGCUCUUCAGCUGAAAGCUUCAUCAGUGACUCAAGAAGACAAAAAGCAAAAAGUUGUUUCCAGAGGAGGAGAAGGGAAAAAGAUGAAGAAGACACAGGAGUCAGAAGCAGAAGUAACUUCUCCUAAACCGGAAGAGGCUUCUGAAAAUGCGAUGUUGGUGAUGGGCACUACAGCAAAGGAAGAGACCAUUCAGGAAGCAAGAGUCCAGGCUGGAGAAAGCAGCACAAUAGAGGAGACCACAGCAGCUGCUGAGCCUGCUCCUGAAGAAUUCGAUAAUUCUACCUACAAGAACCUUCAGCAUCAUGAUUAUAACAUUUAUACCUUUUUUGAUUCUAUUACUGUUCUCUCAAAAUUCAGGCAGCCUCAGCCAUCUUCUGGAAGGCCAUCACCAAGGCACUGAAAGAACCACAUUUAAAACAAAUGCCCAGGCAAGAUGAUAAAUUGUUCUGUUUAGCACUGUUGCUUCAUCUGUAUUAUAAAUCAGAUAAUAAGUAAUAAAUAAAUGCAUGAUAAUUUAAGCUUGUACUAUUGAGCA